AUAACUCUCAUGAUAGACCUCUGCUGUAUUCCCCUUGAAUGAACAUCAAGAGAAGAGAUGAAGUUCCUGAGACAUCAACAAGAAGUGACUUGUGUGGGUGUUCAUGUCCAGACAGUGGAUGAAGAGAGUAAACACAAAGUAAUGAUAAAAAAAUCUUAGAGAAAAUUAAGUCUGGGUCACACCCAUUAACCCAUGUAAACUUUGUCUCUGCACUCAGUCAACAGGGCGUCUUUGUGCCUUCCCUGCUGGCGCAGGAAGGAGCAAGUAUUUGAGUUGCAAAAGCUUUGCAAAUACUCUUUCUGUUGAGUACAUAUUAACUUUUCUGUUUAUGCUGCAUCCAAGUGGAGAAUUCGAUUGAUGUUCCUGAAGAACUAGUCAUUACAAUUGAAAAACAAUUAAGCAGGAUGAAUAAGCAAUCGUGAUGUUUUAAAGAGUCGUAACUCACGCUCCUUGGGGGCAAGAACUGAUUUGGGCUGCAUUGCUGUGACGAGCACAGCGCCUGGCAGGCAGUAGGUGUCCACAGAUGCGUGUUGGACCAUGGCUGCAAUUAGCUCAGCCUUUUACUAGUUUCAACGAAUGUCCACAUGCGUCACUAGAUGUAAUCUGCAUGGCCACCUCGAGCAGUAACGGGGCAAAGGAGGAAACUGACUCAGGAGAGGUCAGUCUGCAAAUAGCGGUGGGAUUGAGAGGCGCCCUCAGGAUGCCAGUCCCAACUGCGGAGUCCCAGCAUGCUCUAGCUGUUUUUUUUCCCCCCCGGGCAUGAAUUUCCAUACAACCUGAACUGAGGGGGAGGGUUGUUUUCUCCGCUCUUGGCUGUGUUGAAGGUGGCCAUUGGGCCAAGGGCAGCCUCAGGACAGUCUGUGUUCGUCCCAGAAGUCCAGCCUGUCACAACCCUCCCCACAGGGACAAAUUUCUGUGUCGGGGGCCAUGAAGACCAGCUGAAUCUCCCCAGCUCCUUUGAAGACUCAUGGGAAGCAUUUGAUUUCAGACCAAGGACACCAGAGGAUGGAGGUCUCUCGGUGGGGGCUGCUGGUCCCUGUGCUCACGGCUGUGGUACAUUGUCUGGCCCUGGUUAACCAAGAAGAUCCUGAUCCCAUGGACCCCGGCCCCCUGGACAGCCCUCCGAGGCCUGCCCUGCCCUGCCACAAACUUUCCGUGAGCAACAUCGACUUUGCCUUCAACCUCUACAGACAGUUGGCUUUGGAGGCCCCCGGAGAGAACAUUCUCUUCUCCCCAGCGAGCAUCUCCUUGGCCUUGGCCGUGCUCCUCCUCAGGGCCCCAGCAGCAAGCAGGCCCCAACUCCUGGAGGGCCUGGGGUUCAACCUCACCAUGGUGUCUGAGGCUGAGAUCCAGGAGGGCUUCCAAGACCUGCUGCUUAGGCUUCCUGUGCAGGACCCCCAGCUCCUCCUGACUGUGGGCCAGCGUUGGUUCAGCGGCCUGGGCCCAGGGGCCACCCAGGACCCGGUGGGGGCCCAGAAAUUCAUCCACGAAUAUGUAGAGAAGCAGACCCAGGGGAAGCUUGGGGCGUGGGUAGAGGAGCUGAGGAAUGAAACUGCAGCAGCCCUGGUGAAUCACAUGCUCCUCAGAGCCCGGUGGGCGCGGCCCUUUGACCCAAGCGCCACCAGCACAAAGGAGUUCUUUGUGGAUGAGCACAGGGCCGUGCCGGUGCCCAUGAUGAAACAGAAGGCCCCGCACCGCUUCCUGCACGACCCCGAGCUGCAGUGCACCGUGCUGCAGAUGGACCACGCCGGGAACGCCACCACCUUCUUCAUCUUCCCCAAGCGGGGCAAGCUGGGGCAGCUGGAAGACGCCCUGCUGCCCGAAACGCUCAUCAAGUGGGACAGCUUGCUCAGGACAAGGGAACUCGAUUUCCAUUUCCCCAAAUUUUCCGUUUCCAGCACCUCUAGACUGGAGCUGCUCCUCCCACGAGUGACUGUGGGCGGAGGUCUCCCUGGGCAGCCUGGACUGAACAUCUCUACAAUCACUCACAAGGCUGCGGUGACUCUGGAUGAGGCGGGCUCAGAGGCUGCUGCUGCCACCAGCAUCCAGCUCACUCCCAGGCCUCACCUCGACCUUCAUCCCACGCCCCGUCCAGGCACUGAGUUCAAUCGACCCUUCCUGGUAAUGACUUUCCACACAGAAACAGGGAGCUUGCUUUUCCUGGGGAAGAUUGUAAACCCGUUGGGGUAACGCUCCCAUGGACAUACUGGACAACCCCAAGAGAACAAAGUAGGGGACCACUCUGGGGUCCCGUACUCUGGGGACCGAGUCAGCAUUGUGUGGCCCUGGAGACAUCCCCGGGCUAAUCAGGAUUAUGUUUCUUCAUCUAGAAGUGAAAUGGAAACUAUUUUGAAGCGGGGAUGAUGGCAGCUCUUCUCACACAUGCUUUACGCCACCAUGAAAUAACCCCUGGUCCACGUGCAUGAGCUUCUUGCAGAAUCGGGUUUCAGAUAUGACGGGUAUCCUGGUUGUUUGGGGUGUGAUUUUCAUGGGGGCCUUCGGGGUGAGGGUAGUAAGGGGGAUCAAAGUUGUGCCACUGAGUGACCAUCUAGGUGCUUUGUAUAUUUUAUCUCAGUUUAAAAUUAAUUCCCACAACCGUCCGGCAUGGUAAGUAUUAACGUUGAACCAUAUGAAAUUGAUUAUAUUUGGCCUUCUUUUUUUUUAACCCACAAAAAAGGGCAACUUCAUAUGGUUCCACCUAAUAGUAUUUCUCCCUUGUCAUGGCUGAGGCUCAGAGCUUACGACACAUGUGCAAGGUCACUCAGCUAGUGAGCAGCGUAGCCGGAGUUCAGGUGUGUUUUAUUUCAAAGCCUAGACUCUUUCCCUCCUCAUCCAUUUUGCCGAAUCGGUGGUUCUCAGACUUGUUUGUGUGUACAAAUCCUGUGGCAUGCUGUGGAAAGGCAGGUUGUGAUUCUGUAGGCCUGGGCCUGAGGUCCAGCUGAGGCUGCUGGUCGGGUCACAACACUCGGAGCAGCAGGUACAAAACGCUCCCGUCUCCAUGACCCAAGGAGGAGUUAGGGUGGUGAGGUCAGGUCAUCCAGGCAGAGGAGUGGGCCCUCAGUGCAUUCCUGGGGCUGAGCACAAUUUGGGAAAUGUCUGUUUGAAGACUAUAGACAAACCUUGCUUUAGGGUCACCUAUUAAUGAGCAUCCUGGUGGAAAAUAAGUGUCCUAAGCAGAAGCUUUUUGCCCAUGCUAAGUGUACCGUGGGGGCUUGUAACUGUCUGUGGGCUGUGUUCCGUGUCAGUCACUGUAAGUGGGACGCCGACAGCUGGCUCCUGUCCCUGCGUCUCCACCUGCACAGAAGGGAGUCACACAGGCUUUGGAUGCAGAUGCUCCCAAGACCAAAUCCUCCCCUCCCCUCCCUCUAAAUGCCCACCCAGAGCAGUAACGCAGACGGCAGGCUGACACAAAGGCCAUGCUGGAUGCUGGACAAGGGGCUGUGACGUGUGAUCCCCUCUAACCUUCAGUUUACAUUCACUGCCAGAGCUAAAACUUCCUGAUUUGUGUUUCUCUUCUCAAGUGAGAAAGGUCUCACAGGCACCAAUGAGUCAGGAAAGCUAGCUUCCAAAGAAGGGGGGAGCCCCGGAGCCACUGAGAAGCACCCCUGAAAAACAGGGGUGAGCAGCCCCAAAGUACUGGAACAUGAUGCGUCUUACCUUUUGUUUUUGAGAGCUGACCAUGGGGAUCACAGACUCAAAUGCCUCUGGGGCCAGGUGGGCGGUAAGCCAGAAUUAGGGGAAAAAAUGACAGCUCAAGUCCAGCAGCAGAUGUCGGCUGACCUUGGUGUUGGGGAAAGCAUGAAGAGUGCUGGGGACUGUGGUAAGCCGGGGAGUGGGGCCUCAUCUAAAGGGGGCACCCGGGGUCAUAAGGCAGUUCCAUUUCCACUUUUUUGAGAAACCCCCAUAUUGAUUUCCACAGUGGCUGCACCAGCCUGCAGGGAGGGGGUGGGGAUGAAGGAGAAGGGGAAGGGAUGAGACAGUAC